UUCUUGUUCAUUCCGUUGUCGAUCUCUCGCCUUAUAUAUAAAGCCUUCACACCAAAAGCUUUUCCACAAAACAAAUUAAAACAUAGUUGCAUCUGCAAAAUAUAACUAGGACAAUAUGGUAAAGGCUACAGUUGGUGGUGAAUAUCUGAAGGAAUUUGAGAAGGCUCGUCGUGACCUUCGUGCUCUUAUCUCCAACAGAAACUGCGCCCCUCUCAUGCUACGAUUAGCGUGGCAUGAUGCUGGUACCUACGAUGCUAAAACAAAAACAGGAGGUCCCAAUGGCUCUAUCAGGACAGAAGAAGAGUUGAAUCACGCAGCAAACAAGGGGCUGAGAACAGCAGUUGAGUUCUGUGAGGAGGUGAAGGCCAAACAUCCAAAAGUUUCAUAUGCUGACAUUUACCAGCUUGCUGGUGUUGUUGCAGUAGAGGUUACUGGGGGUCCAACUAUUGAUUUUCUUCCCGGGAGAAAGGAUUCAUUGGAAUCUCCAGCAGAAGGGCGUCUUCCAGAUGCCAAACAAGGUGCAUCUCAUUUAAGAGAGAUCUUUUAUCGCAUGGGUCUUGGCGACAGAGACAUUGUGGCUCUAUCCGGAGGCCACACUUUGGGUAAGGCACAUAAAGAUCGUUCUGACUUUCAUGGUCAAUGGACAAAGGACCCUUUGAAGUUUGAUAAUUCCUAUUUUGUGGAAUUACUGAAAGGGGACUCAAAAGAUUUAUUGAAGCUUCCCACAGACAAGGCUUUAGUUGAGGAUCUUAAGUUCCGCAAGUAUGUUGAACUGUAUGCCAAGGAUGAGGAUGCUUUUUUCGCAGAUUAUGCAAGCUCACACAAAAAACUCUCAGAGCUGGGCUUCAAUGUCAAGGAUCGUUCCAUGUUGGUGAAGGGUGCUAUAGGAAUUGCCAUUGCCUUAACUGCUGUUAUCUUGGGUUACUUACGUGAGCUGAACAUUAAUAAAACCAGUUGAAGAGACUAUUACUCACGUAAAUGUACUAGUCCUUACAACAGGACACACUUGGCUGAUUUUCCUCUUUCUCAAAAAUAAAAAAGCUUGUAUAUAAUGCGAGGUUCAAAUAUCAUAUCGUCUCUCCAUAUUCAUAUAAUGUAAUCUCGAAUCAAAUGAUAGAAUUAGUGACUAUAUAUAA